UAAGGGCUCGUUAUCUCGCGGCUCUAUAUAAACGAGCCCUUCAAUGAUUCGAGAAGCCAUCGAGCUCUUUGAGUUCUAACCCUCCUUUCGAAUUCUUCUCUUCUCUUCGCGAUGGCCUCUGAGACAGUUGUCCUGAAGGUUGGUAUGUCUUGUGAAGGGUGCGUGGGGGCUGUUAAGAGGGUCCUCACCAAAAUGGAAGGUGUUGAAUCCUUCAACAUUGACAUGAAGGAACAAAAGGUCACCGUUAUAGGAAACGUAAAACCCGAUGCAGUUCUGCAAACUGUUUCAAAGACUGGGAAGAAAACUGCAUUCUGGGAGGCAGAGCAAGAAACUAAAGAAGAGAUCUCUGUGCCACCAGCCACCGCUACCGCUUGAGCUAGUUAUCUGAUGAUCUAAAUACAAGUAUAAUGCUGUCAGUAUUCUGUAGUCCUCAUAUUCUAUAUCUUUCUAUGUUCUAAAACCAAUUCAUGGUUGAAUGCAAUCUCUGUCCAGAAUCCUUCAUGUGAUUCAGCUUAAUGGCUCUUCCAAACAAUUUCUAUUCUAAUAAUAAGUUUAACUUUAAUAUG